CUAAAAUUGUGAUUUGCUAAAAAAAAAAAAAAAGACAGCUUACACACUCUUUGCUCGCCUCCUCACUCUCCCCUCCGGCCUCCACUCGUCAAUUGCGGCCGCUUCUCUCCCAGAUUUCCAAGAAUCUCAUCUCCCAACUCCUCAUUCCCAUGAACCAUUCAAACACAUCCUCUCCACUUCAACCAUCUCCCCAUCACUAUCGUCGAUUGCAGCAAUUUGUAGGCAACAACCCUAUCCCCAUUUCGGCACCCAGAUCAAAUUCCCACCCAACCCUACCGAAGAAUGUCAUUGGCAUCUGCUUCUAAAAUCGAAACCUUCAGUCAUGUUUUCCAGUCGCAUGAAGAACCUGUCGAGCGACCGCAGAGGAAGCUUCAGGCAUUCCAAUUUGGCUUUCUUUUGCUUGAAUUCAUCCUACUCCAGCAAUUCAGUUAUCAUAAACUCCCGAGGUUCCCCCGACUACCCAUACCAAAUCAAAGCUUCACACGCCAAUAUUUGCUUUCGGAUCCAACACUAGAUUCACAAUCAGAUCCAACACUGGAUUCACAAUCAGAUCCAACACAAGAAGAAAAAUAGUACAACCAACAAUAGCAGCAACAGAAGCAAUGCAGCGGGAGGCAGUAGAAGUGGUAGUAGCAACAAAAUCAGUACAACUGGCUGAAUAUAUGUUGGACUUUGGAGAUGUGUCUCUUUUUUUAGAACAAGAGGCCUAGUGUAGAUGCUUCUAAGUUUCUCUUUCUUUCAUGGUUUGAUUAGUUUCUUCCUAAAAUACAUUGGUGUAGGUUGCUACAUCAAAUGAAUGGAUAUGUUCUCAGUAGGGUGUGUAUUAGAUAAUACACUCUUGGGUUAAUUUCUCACUAGGGUCAGUAUUGGAUUUCAUAACUCAUCUUGAUUCUCUUUCCUUGUCCUCUUUGUUUGAACUUUUGCAGUCCAAUAAAACUAAAGGGGUUUGGUAGUUGUUUUCCUG